AUGUUAGAAAUCAUAAAUUUAAACCAGAUUGAUUCUAAUCAAACAAAAGAUUUGUUUUGUAUGUUUGAUGAACUUUCCAAUACAUUUUCUUAUAUCAAGUCUGAACAUCUUCGUUUCAAAAUGUUUGAUAAAAUGGGAGUUUUAAUUCGUCCAAAAAUGGUUGAAAUUGGGUAUAGAUUAAAUGACAAGCUAAGAAAUGGACGUGUUAUAUUUGAACCAAAAACAGUUACAAUGUCUUUUAUUCCAUUGAGGUCUGUUCUUAAAAUUCUAUUCCAAGAUUGUAAUUUAUUUCAUGUGAUUCUUGAAUUUAUGAACCACCUAGAUUCUAGUUCAAUGUGUAGCACUAUUAGUAAUUUUGUUCAAUUCCAACUGUGGCAAAGUAAAUUAAAAAAAAAUCCAGGAAAAAUAUUAAUACCACUAUUUUUGUACUUCGACGAUUUUGAAAUAAAUAAUGCAUUGGGAUCACAUGCAGGAACUACUAAACUAGGGGCUGUUUAUGUAUCCUUGCCAUGUUUGCCUCCUGAUUUGGCAUCUUCAUUGGAAAAUAUAUUCUUGGUACAAUUAUUUAAAUCCAAUGAUAGACAAGAAUUUGGAAAUCAAGUUAUUUUUGCAGAACUUAUAUCUGAAUUAAAUUUUAUAGAGAAUGUAGGGAUUGAUAUAUUAUAUAAUGGUGAAAUGUAUAGAGUAUUCUUUUCUUUAGGCUUAAUUUUGGGUGACAACUUAGGUUUGCACUCCAUACUAGGGUUCACCGAAAGUUUUGUUGCACAAUUUCCCUGUCGUUUUUGUAAAUCACCAAAACUAGAUUGUCAUCAUCAAGUUACUCAAGUCGAUGGGGUGUUAAGAAAUAAAACCAAUUAUGAUGAGGACAUUUCAAUUAAUAAUAUUACUCUUACUGGUCUAAAAGAGCUAUGUGUUUUUAAUCAAAUAAAUUCAUUUCAUGUGACUCAGAAUUUUGCAGUUGAUAUUAUGCAUGAUAUUUUAGAAGGAGAUUUAGUACCAUUGAAUUCAGAAAUAUGGUGUCUAUACAUUAGUCUUAGACAAAUAAUUGGUAUUCUUCUGGAAAAAAGUAUAAAAUAUGAUGAUAUAGACCUUUGUAAAACCCUUAUAACAGAACACCAUGAGUUGUAUAUGAAUUUAUUCAACACAAACCUGAAACCAAAAUUUCAUCAUAUGGUACAUUAUCCAAUGGUUAUAAAAAAUUGUGGCCCAUUAUCAUUAAUUUGGUCUAUGAGGUUUGAGUCCAAACAUAAGGAACUUAAAGAAACAGCUAAAUCGAUAACAUCAAGGAAGAAUGCAUGUUAUACAUUAGCUUUGAAACAUCAGCUUAAUGUAGCUUAUAGAAUUUUAUCAACUAAAAAUAAAUUAAUUGUAAACAAAUGGAUUAAAUUAUUAAUUAUUACCAGUGCCGGUGCAAGGUUUUGCGGGGCCCAGGGCAAGUAA